UCUCUCUAACGCAUCGCCGGCUGAAUUCCGGAGGGCGCUUGGACCAGUCGUCACAGACCGCCAGUUGAAACUGAACGAGAGUUUUCCGUGUGAGGGAUAGGCUUUUGAAAACCGAAUGAAAAUCCCGGCGCCCUAAACCAGCUGAGGCAUCAACAGCGGGUUCUGAAUGAUGCCUGACGCUGGUCCGCGGGCUAGCCCUCACAGCCCCUGUCACUGUGGAUCGAGAAAGAACAGGAAGGUCUAAGCGGCUCACCGGGGCCGAGUGCCAUACAGGAGAGAGCGACCGAGCCGGCUGACGCUUCGGCUUUUCGGACGGGACGAAAGUAAAGUGCAUCCUGAAAGAGCCGGAGGAGAUUCUCCCAAGGGAUUUUUGGAGCCACAAGCAGAGGCGACGAGGCAGCGCCGUCCACCUUCCUGAUUUACUGUGCGUCACCUUCCCAGACAGUUGGGCUGUCAAACACGGUCGGCUGCCUGCCUGCAGAGCACCGGAACGAUGAAGCAGUGAAUUGAUACCGUCGCUUCUGCCUAGUUCUAGUCAGGAUCGCAGCCGAGAGAACGGCCCUGCCCUUUUUCUCUUCCCUUAAUCGGGCUGGAGCAGCAGGAUGGACAUGGCUGGCCUCGUUAGUAGCCUGCUAAUGCUGUUCUUCGUUAGUCAGAACGGCUGCCUGGCCUUCAGAAGCCCACUUUCUGUCUUUAAGAGGCAUAAAGAAACCCCCAGGCCAUUCUCCAAUGACUGUCUCGGGUCACCCAGACCAGUCAUUCCUCUGGAUUCAUCUGAUUUUGCAUUGGACAUUCGAAUGCCGGGAGUCACGCCUAAACAGUCUGAUACCUACUUCUGCAUGUCAUUACGCCUGCCAGUGGACUCAGAAGCCUUCGUAGUUGACUUCAAACCUCAUGGCAGCAUGGACACUGUCCAUCACAUGUUACUCUUUGGAUGUAAUAUGCCAUCUUCCACCGAAAGUCACUGGGACUGUGAUGAAGGAACGUGCGCAGAUAAAGCCAAUAUUCUGUACGCUUGGGCCAGAAAUGCCCCUCCCACGCGACUGCCCAAAGGUGUUGGCUUCAGAGUUGGAGGAGAAACAGGAAGUAAAUAUUUUGUGCUCCAGGUUCACUAUGGGGAUAUCAGUGCCUUUAGAGACAACCACAAGGAUUGUUCUGGCGUGACCUUGCACCUGACCCGUCUGCAACAGCCUCUCAUAGCUGGCAUGUAUCUUCUGAUGUCUGUGGACACUGUCAUCCCACCAGGAGAGAAAGUGGUUAAUGCUGAUAUCGCUUGCCAUUACAACAAUUAUCCAAUGCACCUCUUUGCCUAUAGGGUUCACACCCACCACUUAGGUAAGGUGGUCAGCGGCUACAGAGUAAGAAAUGGACAGUGGAUGCUGAUUGGCCGCCAGAGUCCCCAGCUCCCACAGGCUUUCUAUCCAGUGGAGCAUCCCGUAGAUGUGAGCUUUGGUGAUAUUUUAGCCGCGAGGUGUGUGUUCAGCGGUGAGGGCAGGACAGAAGACACGCACAUUGGCGGUACGGCUCGUGAUGAAAUGUGCAAUUUCUACAUCAUGUACUACAUGGAAGCUAAGCAUGCCGCUUCCUAUAUGACCUGCAUCCAGAACAUCAAUCCAGCUAUGUUCCAAAUGAUCCCUCCAGAGGCCAAUAUUCCAAUCGCGGUCAAGUCUGACAUGGUCAUGAUGCAUGGACAUCACAGAGUUUCCCGAUCCGUCGUCUGUUCUCCCUUGUUUUCCUUGGCUGCUCCCCGGAUAGAAACUGAGAAUUCCGAUCCAGCCUCUAAAGCGCAAGAGCCGAAAAGAGAUGAGGAGGAAGUACUGGAUCAGGGUGAUUUCUAUUCCCUCCUUUCCAAGCUGCUAGGAGAAAGGGAAGAUGUCAUUCAUUUGCAUAAGUAUAAUCCCACAGAAAAGGCAGAAUCAGCUCUGGUAGCCGAGAUUGCCAAUGUAGCCCAAAAGAAGGAUCUCGGUUGGUCCGGGCCCCGAGAGGGAACAGCUCGGGAUGAAAGGGCCAAUGCCAUUCUGGUCAGAGACAGAAUUCACAAAUUCCACAGACUAGAGGCCACCGUCAGGUCACCAGGGAUCAGACGGUUGUCUGUGCAGCAGCCCCCGCGGGGCGAGGGCGUCGGGGCUGCAGUGCUCCUAGGAGAUUUCCACAUGGAAGAGGUUCCGGAUUGGCCCGGGGUCCGCCUGAGACUGGGCCAAGUUUCCGGAUUGGCCGUGGACCUUGACAAUCACCUGGUGGUUUUCCACAGGGGCGACCACGUCUGGGAUGGAAACUCGUUUGACGCAUCGUUUGUUUACCAACAAAGAGGACUCGGCCCGAUCAAAGAGGCGACCAUCCUUGUAAUAGACCCAAACAGCGCGGCGGUACUUCAGUCCACUGGAAAGAAUCUGUUUUAUUUACCUCACGGCUUGAGCGUAGAUAAAGACGGAAAUUACUGGGUUACUGACGUGGCUCUCCACCAGGUCUUCAAGCUGGCACCAAACUCUCAAGAGCAUCCUCUGCUGAUCUUAGGAAAGAGCAUGCAACCGGGCAGUGACAAGAAUCAUUUCUGCCAACCCACCGACGUGGCCGUGGAUCCGGGGUCCGGAGCCAUUUAUGUCGCCGACGGCUACUGCAACAGUCGGAUCGUCCAGUUUUCCCAGGACGGAGCGUUUGUCACUCAGUGGGGCGAAGAGACUUCGGGAGUCCCCGCUAAACCUGGCCAGUUGAGCAUCCCCCACAGUUUGAGUCUCGUGCCAGAGGUGGGUCAGCUCUGCGUGGCCGAUCGAGAAAACGGUCGCAUUCAAUGCUUUAAAAGUGCCACCGGCGAAUUCGUGAGGGAGAUCAAGCACAUGGCCUUCGGAGGAAAUGUAUUUGCCAUCUCAUACGUUCCAGGACUGCUCCUGGCGGUUAAUGGAAAACCAGUCUUUGGAGAGGGAAAACCAGUGCAAGGCUUCGUGAUGAACUUUUCGGAUGGGAGCAUUAUAGACACUUUCAGUCCAGGACGAAAGCACUUCGACAUGCCGCACGACAUCGCUGCAUCCGAAGACGGGCCGGUGUACGUGGGAGACGUUCACGCCAACACCGUCUGGAAGUUUGCCACCACCGAGAAAAUGGAGCAUCGGUCAGUGAAAAAGGCCGGCAUCGAAGUACAAGAGGCGCAAGAAACAGAAACAGUGGUUGAAACGAGGGUGAAGAGCAAGCCGGCCUCCCCAGAGAUGCUGAAGUUGCAGGAGAAACAGAAGUUGAUCAAGAAAACCAACUCGGGCGUCUCCUUUGUCCUGAUUACCACCCUGCUCGCCGUCCCCAUCGUUGUCCUGCUGGCCAUCGCUGCAUUCAUCCGGUGGAAGAAGUACCAUCCCUAUGGAGCAGAUUCUGAUCACAAACCUGAAUCAAGCUCGGGAAGAAUCCUGGGAAGACUGAGAGGAAAAGGCCGCGGAGGCCUAAACCUGGGAAACUUCUUCGCGAGUCGCAAAGGCUACAGCCGGAAAGGGUUCGACCGGCUCAGCACCGAGGGGAGCGAUCAGGAAAAGGACGAAGAUGACGGCAGUGAGUCGGAAGAAGAGUACUCUGCUCCCCUGCCCGCAACGACAGCCCCCCCUUCCUCCUGAAACUCUUGGAUUUCCCACGAGGAACAGUUUCGCCGAGAUCGCCAGAUCCCUUUAGCACGUUUAAAGUUUUGUGAAUUUAAUUGUAGGCUGUACACUCUUGGGUUGUUUUUUUUUUUGGUUUGUUUCCUUUACUUUUGAUCUAGUUUGGUUUCGAGUGGAGGAGAGUCCGGAAAGUUCAUCCUAGCGCCGUGCCCCGUCCAACAUCCGGUAAGAGAAAACAGUCCUCUUGUGGGAUUGUAACGGCAGUUCGAAGGCUGUCGGCAUUUGUCCAUUUACAGUUGGGGACUUUUCUGUGUGUGUAAAUAGCCCCGUUCUCUGCUUUAACCCAGUAUUUUCCAAUAGCACUUUGCUGCUGAUUUCUUUCUUUGGUGCCUUUCCUACUCAGCAUUCUCAGUCGAUGGCGGCAGUACAGAGGAGAUGCGGCCACACCAAGAUGAAGCUGCUAAAUCUCCGUCUAUUUUUUUAAAAUCACUAACAUUAUAUUGCCACGAGGGAAAGAAAUAAAGUCUAUUUAAUUUUGUUUUCUUCUUUGGUUGGUGUGUUUAUGGGAUGUCUUAUUUUUCAAUGGUUAAACUGUUAGAACACUAUUUUCAGAAUCUGAAUGUAAUUUGUGUAAUAAAGUGUUCUCAGAGCA